GUAUUCAAAAUGUCGAAGUUCUACGAUCCGAGCCAACCAGAGCAGUCCUAUGAUUCUCCGAAGCUCUUCGGCAUCAUUCCAAUCAAGUUCAUCGUCAGUUUCCUUCAACUUGUGUCCAUCGUUUCUCAAAUCUUAUGGCUCUAUUCUGAAAAUGAUAAGAUCUACCUCGUCCUUCUCUCUGUCGGAAUCGUUCUCAAUGUGUUCACUGUCGUCGUGUUCAUCAAAGAGCACAAGCUGCUCAUGCGUGCUCAUUACUACUCUGCAUUGAUCUUCACCGUCGUUCCGUUCAUCUACGCCGUCUACACCUUCAUUUCAUUCAUUGAGUUGUUCUUUGGCGAUAAGGAUAUCACUUUCAAUCAAUGCUCUCCAUUUGCCUACGCCUUCAUCUUUUUGUGCAUCUACAUCUUCUACCUGGCUAUGUGCCGUGUGCUCAUCAAGGCCUCCGAGUUCCAGCCAGACGACAUGCCCGACUUGGACACCACACAAGGACUCUUCCACUACAAUCGUGAUGCUUAUGAUGGGGGCGAGCGUGCCAAGCUGAUGUAUGGAGAGGUUUAGGCGAUCCCGAUUAAGAAUUAAAGUUCUGUUACUUUUUUAAAUUAUUUUUGUUCUAAUCUUUUAUAAUCUCUAAAACCACUCUUAUCCUAAUUUAAUCUUGUUCUGUCUUUUUCUGUUAUUUUAUUGUUAUAUUUAAUGUAACUGUUUUUU